UAAAACUUGGCACAACCUGCCCUUCUGGUUCCCGAGAUUUCUUUGGUCAUCCCGGCUUCUCUCUUCCAUGCCCGCCUCUCUUCUACCCUGUCUGAUUCCUCGGAGAUUCUUCUCGACGAAAUCCAGUCGAAAGAACUAAGUUUUUCGAUCUAAAUCACAGCAAAUCGAUUCUUCUUGCAGAGCCCUUCAUAUCGAGCACGCUAUCGAUUAAAUAGCGGUUUCGGAUCAAGCGAUUUAAUCCUAGCAUCACGGGACUCGCUUGAACAACCCAUAUAAACUUAGAAUUUGACGGUUUGGGUGGCGGUGUUUUGUAGAUAUUGUCUUUCUUCCACCAUCGAUUAUAUGCGCAUGCCCAGAUCCAGCCGUUUCGUACUGAACCCUAGCGAGAAGAAAACCCUGGCUCGGAUGGCGAGGAACGGCUCCCACGUGAAUGGCGUAGAUAAUGGAGAGAUUUCGGACGGAGAUUCGUCGGCGUCGCUGGAAGAGAUCUCCGCUGAGGAUUUUAGGCAAGACGGAAGGGGAUCGAGAUCUAGGGUUUGGGAUGACGGCAUGAUGGGUUAUUCUGUCGCCCGUACCUUUGGUCCUACUCUAUACAGCUUUGCGUGGGCUCAGGCAGUUCAGAAUAAGCCUCUUGGUCUGGAGAUGAAGCGAGCGAAUGAUGCUGAUGGGAAAAGAGGAAAGGAGGGUGGUUUCGAUGCGGUUUUUGUAGAUAGCAGUGAGGAUUCGGUUGGCGAGAUGGAGAAGGAGGAAGGGGAAUUAGAGGAGGGCGAGAUUGAUUUGGACUAUGAACCAGUGGCCGAGGAAAUGAUAAAUCUCUCUUCAGAUAAAAUAGAAGAUGAUUCGAAACUGCCGGCGGCAGACACCAAGGAAAAUGAAGAUAAGGAAGAAGCUGAUAUGGAAGACUUGGAUAGACGUGUUGCCGAAAUAUUGGAAGAAUUGGAAGCUAUAACUUCGGAGGAAGCAGAGGCAUCUUUGGAGGCCGCUUGUUCCCGGCUGUUGAAGUCUUUUGCAGGAUUGAAAACUUUGUUUGCAGAGAGCCAUGUUCCCAUUCUAGAUGCUCUUGUUCAGCAUGCAUUUAUGGGGAUUCAAACACUUAACUCUGUUUUUUGUUCGGGGAAUGUGAAGAAAACAAAGCAGAAUAUGGAUUUAUUACUAAGGUUAUUAAUUCAUAUAAAAAAUCAGUACUCUUUGUUGCUGACCCAAGAUCAAGUCACAGAGAUAGAUUCGAUGGCUCAGUUAUUACUUUCCAGUGAUGUUAGCAAAGAGAAAGUAUUACAAAGUGGGAGUUCAGCUAAUAGCAGUGAUUCUUCCCACCAACCUGAAAGACCUUCAGCCUCUUUUAUUGCUUCUGCACAAAAACCGGAUUUGGGUCUAAGGGAGACUGAUCUAAGUGGCAGCCACAGCAGAGGAUUUUUCUUGCCCAAGUUUCAGCUUCCGUUAACUAGAAGUAGAGUUGAAUUUAGCCCUUUGCUUGACCUUCAUGCUGACUACGAGGAAGGCAGCCUGCCUUCACCCACGCGAGACAAUGCACCACCUUUACCGAUAAUGAAACCAGUUGGUUUAGCUACAUCUGUUCUAUCUCAUCCAACAGUUUUCAAGAAAGAGGAAAAGGAUGACACACCUUUGCAUUCUUAUAUGAAUGAUGCCGUUAAAGCAGUUUCCUCUUACCAGCAGAAAUAUGGACGGACCUCUAUUCUUCCUAGUAAUGAGCUGCCAAGCCCCACUCCUUCCGAGGAGUGCAGCAAUGAAGAUGAGAAGCUUGAUGAAAUCUCUAGUUCUCUUGUUGUUGGUAGUGUUAAAUCAGCAGAGGGCUCCAGUUUGUUGAAGACUUCAGGAUCUGGUAGCAGCUUUGUCCCUACUGCUCCUAAUAAGAUGGCAGGGCAGUUGAAUUCCCUGCAAACCCAAGUUGCAAAGGCUAAAAGUAGGGAUCCUAGACUUCGAGUUAUUAACCCUAAUAUAGGCGUUUCAUCUGAUCAGGAUCUGUCCAGAACUGGGCGUAUAGAAGGGAUAACAAAUGAUAAAAAGCACAAAGCCGCAGAUGCUAUCAGGCAGGAAGACCAUCCCUUGAAAAGGCAAAGGUAUUCAUCCAUUACACUCACAGAUAUGCCUAUGAAUGUGAGUCGUGUGGUUCCUGAAAUGAUCAACAAACCUGGAAAUGCAACAGCAUCAGCUGCAGCUGACUCUAGACCUGGUACUAAUGGCAAUUCCAUUGAUGCAAAUCCUGGAAAUGAUCAGAAUCCUGCAAUUAGCUCUGUUCCUUCUAUUUCUUUGCCUUCUUUAUUGAAGGAGAUGGAUAUAAGUCCUGAGAUUCUUAUGGAACUACUUAAGAUAAAGCAGCAGAGUUUAGCAGCAGAAUCCCAGCAGAAAGCUGGUAUUUCUGCAGGAACUGCGGUACGAUUGAAUGGUUCCAGUGGAUUGCCUGGUAGUAUUUCCUCAGUAAAUGAUGUUGCAUUGAAGACAAAGGAGGUUGAACAAAAUUCUUCAUCCAAACCUCAGAUUUCUGCACAGAGUGCAACCUCGAAACCCCAGAAUGAUGCGGGUAGACUUCGGAUGAAACCUCGUGAUCCUCGUCGCAUUCUACAUGAUAACGUCAUCCAAAAGCCCGAUGGUUCAGUUCCUGAACAAAACAAAAUAGGUCCCAUGCCUUCUAGUUCCCAAACCAACAAGGACAAGAUUACUGACAGAGACAUGGGAGAGCAAUCACAGAUCCCUAAUUAUAAUCAGCAGUUCACGAAGAAUCUUAAGAAUGUUGCUGAUAAUAUGUCCUCUAAAUUAACUAUUAUUGCUUCAACAUCUGGUCCCCCAGAUAUUUCACAACCAUUCUUAGGCAUGGCAAAUAGAUCAGAUGGAAGAAUUAUUAUGGAGUCCAAUGAUUCUAAAGUUGGAAAUGGUUCUUCCUCUCAAACAGGCACAAGAGAUGCCUCUCAAGCAGCAAAUCCAUGGGGAGAUGUGGAUCACCUUUUGAGUGGAUAUGAUGACCAGCAAAAAGCUGUCAUCCAGAAAGAAAGGACAAGAAGGAUAGCUGAACAGAACAAAAUGUUUGCCGCCCGGAAACUUUGUCUGGUACUCGAUCUAGAUCACACCCUCCUCAACUCUGCCAAGUUUGGAGAAGUUGAGCAAGUUCAUGAAGAGAUUUUGAGAAAGAAGGAGGAGCAAGACCGGGAACAGCUGCAGAGACAUCUUUUCCGUUUCCAACACAUGGCUAUGUGGACCAAAUUGAGGCCCGGUGUGUGGAACUUUUUGGAGAAGGCUAGUAAGAUUUUUGAGCUCCAUUUGUACACAAUGGGCAACAAGUUAUAUGCUACUGAGAUGGCAAAAGUACUUGAUCCAACAGGGACCUUGUUUGCUGGACGGGUGAUUUCUAGGGGAGAUGAUGGCGAACCAUUUGAUGGUGAUGAGAGGGUACCCAAAAGCAAGGAUUUAGAUGGAGUUUUAGGUUUGGAGUCUGCUGUGGUGAUCAUAGAUGAUUCCGUCCGUGUCUGGCCGCAUAAUAGGCACAACCUGAUUGUUGUGGAGAGAUAUACUUAUUUUCCAUGUAGUAGACGGCAGUUUGGGCUUCUUGGGCCUUCACUUCUUGAGAUUGAUCACGAUGAGAGGCCCGAAGAUGGAACUCUUGCUUCUUGUUUAGCGGUCAUAGAGAAAAUUCACCAAAUCUUCUUUUCGCACAACUGCCUAAAUGAUGUUGAUGUGAGGCAUAUACUUGCAACAGAGCAGCGAAAGAUACUUGCAGGAUGCAAGAUUGUCUUUAGCCGGAUAUUUCCGGUGGGUGAAGCCAAUCCUCAUUUUCACCCCCUUUGGCAAACUGCGGAGCAGUUUGGUGGCAUAUGCACUAACCAGAUUGAUGAGCAGGUCACUCAUGUGGUUGCCAAUUCUCUUGGAACCGAUAAGGUGAACUGGGCUUUAUCCACGGGAAGAUUUGUGGUCCAUCCCGGCUGGGUUGAAGCUUCAGCUCUCUUGUACAGGAGAGCAAAUGAAAAUGACUUUGCAGUAAAGUUAUAACCAGAGCCAAACCACCCCAAAUCCAUCUUAAUAAUAAAACUAAAAAUCCUCAAGAAUCUGAAAAAUGGGGCUUGUGGCCCAACUCACCCUUCGUCAAAAAGUUAAAGCACAACCUUGGAAGAAAAAAAA